AUGAGAACGCCUGGAAAUAGCCAUAGACCCGGAAGAGUUAAUGGAGGGGGAGAAGAUGCCUACUUUAGCUCUAGGAAUGAUGAUGGUACUGAUGUUAUGGUCGAUACUUCUCCAGCUCUGGCGUGCCCGUCUAAUGGCAGUGGAUGUAAAGACUGCAUCCUUGAUCAGAUGAAAUACAGUUGUCCAUCAUGUGUGCCGCUUAUUCGCUGCAUGGCGCGGUGCUUGUGGGGUGGCACCUCCAGUUCAAACUGUAUUAAUCGCUGUGACUGCAAUGGUGGGAAGCCAAGACUCUCUGACUGCAGGAAAUGCAUGUCACGGUGCAAAUGCAGUUGUGUGGUUUGAAUGAAUCUCCAUCCAAGUAUGUUUGUAUUAGUAGUGCCUUUCUAUUGUAAAAUACUCCCCUUAAAGUGUUCUGUUUCUUGAAAA